AUGGCAGCAACUAGUGCUCAGCCUCCACCAGGCACGACCGGCCAACCCCAACCACCAGGCGCAGCCGUUGUCUCCUCCAAUGGCGAUCCAGAGCUAGCCACCUCGGACGAGGUAAAGGAAUACUGUCAUGAAGGCGAGGGAGAGAAGACGGAGCAUCUCAACUCUAUGGACCUCCAUGACAUAAAGACAGAGCUGGAGAAAGAUGCUGAGGAGUCAGAGACACCCACAACAUCUUCCAACAAUAAUCCAGCAGCAACGUUCAAUACUUCACCAAGUACAACAGUCAUUAAUCAUACACUUCAGUUUCGACCCACAGUUGUUCAGCCAAUGGUGUAUGCUGCCAAUGGUUUCAUGCCAUUCGCUACUGGGACUUCGCUUUACAGACCAGUAAAGAUGGAAGUUCAAGGCACCGCAACAGACUGGACCAAAGCUGCUGCCAAUGCCGCCGCUGCUACACAAGGCAUUAGUAUACCUUAUGGUUACACAGGCGGGUUUGUCUCUGGCCUACCCAUUGAUCAGAGUUUAAGACCGGCAGCUUACCCUUUCUUAAUGCCAACCGGACAAUAUGUCACACAAAUGCCGUAUCCACAACAGCUUGCUACUACAUUUGGAACAGCAGCUCCUAAUGCAGCAGUACAGCCUCAUUCAGGUAUCAUAACACCACAACAAAAGGAGAAGAAACCACACAUCAAGAAACCUUUGAACGCAUUCAUGCUCUUCAUGAAAGAGAAGAGAGCAGAAGUCAUCAAAGAGUGUACCUUGAAAGAAUCAGCGGCCAUUAAUCAGAUACUGGGAAAGAUGUGGCACAAAUUGGACAAGUCAGAGCAGGCAAAGUACUAUGAAAUGGCCAGAGAAGAGAGAGCCAGACACAUGCAGAUGUAUCCUGGCUGGUCAGCUCGGGAUAACUAUGCUGCUCACAAGAAGAGGAGAAAGAAGAGAUCGAAGCAAGCUGAAGGAAGUGAUGAACCCAAUUCUUUCAAUGAAACAGAGGUGGUUAGUGAAGAUGCUAAUAAUAAGUCGACUGAAGAACCACCACUAAAGAAAGUACUAAGAGUCGAAGAUAACAAUCUAGAUAGUCCUAGAAAGUGUCGUGCUCGUUUUGGAAUGGAUCAACAACAUAUGUGGUGUGGACCUUGCAGGAGAAAGAAGAAGUGUAUCAGAGUGGAAGAUGAUGGCUCUAGAGACUCAACUGAAGAGCUUGAUGACAUUCAGACUGAACAAUCAAUCAAUGACAAUUCGUAA